GCUGAGUCCGGCGACGGCGAUGUCCGGCGCGAGCUGUCGGCAGGUCGCAGCGUUCUACCUAAGCGACGCGGACGAGCAGGCCAGCUACCCGCUCGCGAACCUCCACUCCCUCAUCAUCGACGACCCGGGGCCGGACAAGGCGGACGUGGUCGACUCUGCGAUCGGCGCGGCCCUGGACCUGAACGUGAUCCACGGCAACUCGGAUGCGGAGGAGGUCGAGCGCAACGGCAUUUUGCGUGUGGGCAUCGACUCGCGUGCGGCGGCCUGGGUGCUGCCGCGUGGCUCGUGUGCGGACUACCGGGUGCACGAGGGUGGCCGGGCGAUCUCGUGCAAGACAGCCUCCGGCCACUACGUGAACGACGAGGGCGCGAGGCUCCUCGUGGGGGCUGUGCCUGGGGCAUCCCAGGCACGCGCUGCCAAGUUCAGGGUGGCGGACGUCAGCAAGCCGUUGCUGAGCUUCGCGAAGAUGGUCGACUCAGGCCAUCGGCUCGUCUUUGACUCUGAGGGCGGGCAGGACAUUGGCUACGCGUGCCAGGAGACCAGCGGAGACGUUGUCAAGUUCUGCCGCAGGAACAAGGUCUACGAUAUGGACAUGCACGUUGACCCGUACGCGCUGGAGGUCUGCCCGGUCGAGGUGGCAGGCUACGAGCCUCCCGAGGGUGAGGCUGGCCAGCCAGGCCCGGCUCACGAGGAGGUCGCGGAGGGCCCGCCAGCGCGGCCGGCGAGGGGGCCCGCGGCGCCGACGGCGGCCGAGCGAGCCGCGCAUGAGGUGCUGCGCGGGCCCUACAGGGCAUGGUGCCGGGGGCGUGUCUCCGGCAGGGGCCUGUCGGCAGGCCAUCAGACGGACCGCCGGGAGUCGGCGCUCGCGGUGGGUGGCAUCGACAACGGCUACCUCGGCGAGCGGGAGGGCGCCGCGCCGCUGCUGACCGGGAAGGGCUCGAAGCAGCGUAGGGGGCUGGCAUCGGCUGGCCACAAGCGCUUCGUCUUCCGCUCGGACGGCGAGGCGCCGCUCGUCGCCCUGAAGACCCGCAUCGGGGCCAAGCUCAAGGAGGAGCACGGCGUCGAGACGGUCCCCGAGGAGAGCGCGGUCGGCGACUCCCUGGGCAACGGCCUCGCCGAGCACGCGGUCCGCGAGGUCAAGGCCAAGGUCAGGGCGGCGCGGGCGCAGGUGGGCGACUUCCACGGCGUGAGCAUUGGCGUCGAGCAUCCGGUGACCCCGUCGAUGGUCGAGUUCGCGGCCAUGUCCAUCGACUUGGGCAGGCGGGACGCGGGCGGCCGCGCGGCUUGGGAGCCUUGGCGCGGCCGCCCCUUCAACAAGGACAUGGCCUGCUUCUCGGAGAAGGCCCUGUACCUUUCAGGGGGCGAGCGCAAGGCCGGCGUCGAGGUCAAAUUCCUCACUGGGCUCUACCUGGGGCCCAGGUUUCGGACGGACGAGGUCUACAUUGGCACGGAGUCGGGCGCGCUGCGGGCCAGGGCCUUCAAUCGGUUGACGGUCGAGCAGCGGGCCGACAAGGACCUGCUGAACAGCUUCGUGGGGAAGCCGUGGGCGCCGGUGCCGACGGACACGGCUGUGGACGAAGUACCGGUGGCCAUCGAGAUCCGAGCGCUGGCGCCGGCGCCGGUCGCGCCUGCGGGUGACCCUUUGGCGCCAAUCCCCGAGGCUGAGGGCCUCCCGCCCCGGGCUCCCCGAGUCGGGCGGCCAUCGGCAGGGCCGCGGGCCGUCUGCAUCAGGAAGGACGUCGAGAUCGCGAUGUACGGGAUCGCCCCGGGCUGCCACGGCUGCGCCCCGAUCCUCAACGGCGCCCAGGCGCAGGCUCACUCAGCAGAGUGCCGCGCUCGGGUCGAGCAGGCGAUGCAGGGCGACGAUGAGGCGAAGCAGAGGCUCGAGGCCGCGGCGGCGGCCGUCGCGGCAAUGGCUCUGGCACCCCGCGACCGGCGCGACGACGACAUGCAGGAGGAGAUCGGUGCCCUCCUCCUGCUUUCCUUAGGCUACAGCGGGCGCAAGGCCGACGUGAUGGAGGUAUUCUGCCCGAACAGGCUUGUGGGCUUCGCGCCGCUCUUCGGUCUGGCCCAUGGCGGCUCGUUCGACUUGAGGGUCGGCUGGGGCCUGACCGGCCGCCGGCAGCAGCGACAGUGCCGAGAGCUGAUCGAGCACUACGAGGUAUAUUUCAUCUUGGGCAGCCCUCGCUGCGCCCCGUUCUCCAUGCUGAAGUACCUCAACGAGGACACGGACAAGCAGCGUGAGACUUUUUCAUCCAGGGGGUGGUGCGCCAUCGGGUGCGAGCACUUGAGGUUCGUGAUGGGGCUCUGCACGCUGCAGGUGAAGAACGGCCGUUCGUUCUUGCACGAGCACCCUUGGGGCGCGGACAGCUGGGGCCUGGACAUCGUGCAGGACGUGGUGGCCCUCCCCGGCGUUGAGGUCGGGCGGGGCGACCAGUGCGUGUUCGGCCUGGUGGUCGCGGACGCGCGCGGCGACAGGAACAUGCGCGUGGCGGAGACGUGCCCGGUGAAGCUCCUCCGCGCCAUCCUCCGUGGUCUCCGUCGGCACCUCUGGAACAAGAAGGUUCUCGCACUUUCGGCCCUGGAUGCUGGGCCAAGCGUGGGCGACGAGGAGGUCGGCCUGAAGGACUUCGUCGAGGGGUGGCGCGACGCGCUAGGGACCGAGAUCUAUGAUGACCUCACCGGCCGAACGCUGGACCCCGCGCUGUUGGAAGCCGCGAGGCGCCUCGAGAUGGAUUUCAUGGCGCAGCUCGUCGCGUGGGUCUACGCGAAGGACGAGGACUGCCAGCGCGAGCUUGGGCGCAGGCCUCUCAGCGUGCGCUGGCUUGACAUCGACAAGGGCGACGCCGACCGCCCGGGCUGCAGAUCCAGGCUCGUCGCGCAGGAGACCAAGGCGCAGAGCGCCGUCGCCGGGGGUCGCGUGCUGCGCUUCCUGGGCAUCUCGCGGGCACGCCCGUGCUGUGAGAUCAAGAGGACGGUCUACAUUGAGCUUCCAGAGGAGGACCCAAUGUCGCUGGAGGUCGGUACGCGUGGGCUCUUGCGGAUGGCGCUCUACGGGGCGCGCGACGCUGGCCAGAACUUCGCGCUCGCGACCGCCGAGACUGUCAUCGGUUCUGGCUGUGACCUGUCGGCCUUCUGCGGGGCCGAGUCGAUCUGCGAGGCCCUGAAAACGAAGUUCAUCGUGAAGGGCAGGGGCGUGCUCGGGCCGGCGCCUACCGACGCAAAGGCGAUCACGUGCCUCAACAGGCAUGCGCAUAUCCUGCACGCACAGCUCGGGAUGGACCCCCGCGCUGCGAAGUCACUGAUCACGCCGGGGGCGAGCCAGAAGCUGACGCCUGAGGUCGAGCGCGAGCUGAGUGAGCACGAGGCAGCGGAGUAUCGCAGCGCGUGCAUUAGGCUGGGCUACUUGGCGCUCGACCGGCCACAGGUGCAGUUCACGGCCAAGGAGUGCGCUCGCGGCAUGCAGAAGCCGACGGAGCGACACCUUCGCCUCCUGAAGCGCGCUGAGCGCUUCUUGAUCAGGGCGCCGCGCGCCAUCUGGAG